CUCCGUGUGGCCGUUGCAAAUAGCCGAAAGUAACAGUUUUCGUGUAAAGGAUUUUCACAUACAUCAAUGCUCAUACUAGAAAUAGAAGCCUAAAAAAGCCAGUCAGAAAGGCCUUUGCUGGCAGAGCUGUUCACGAAAGGCUCGUCACGCCUAGGCUAAGUCAAUUCUCUCACGUAUAGUUAGCAAGAGGGCGAUGUUGGCAACACGAGUCUCAUUUAUCCGUCAAGUUUGCUUGACAAUGAUGAUGCAUCUGUAAUGACGAGUUACCGUUAUUGUUAGUAUCAGGGGCCACAUCAAUAAAUGGCUUUUCGUAGUCGUGUGUGCGUGAUCCUCCUGUCAACUGUUUCUUUCUGCUUUCUUCUCGCCAGCUAGGAGUGUGGCCUAUCCACUGGUCGUACGGUUUCUACGUGAAGAAAGCCCAGCUAUUUUUCUAUAAAUUAAAACAAACACUUCUAAGCCCGAUUUAUCGAUACGUGUAAUUGGCAGAGAUCGUCCACAACCGUUUACACAGCAAAAUGAGCAGUGACAGAAAGGCCGUCAUUAAAAAUGCGGACAUGUCUGAGGAGAUGCAGCAGGAUGCUGUCGAUAUUGCCACACAGGCAAUGGAGAAAUAUAACAUCGAAAAGGACAUUGCGGCGUAUAUCAAGAAGGAGUUCGACAAGAAAUACUCGCCAACAUGGCACUGUAUCGUUGGUCGUAAUUUCGGCAGUUAUGUGACACAUGAGACAAAGCAUUUCAUCUAUUUCUACCUCGGCCAGGUUGCUAUUCUGCUCUUCAAGUCUGGUUAAGAAGCGAAUUUCAUGGAUCCCCCACUAUUUGGCUACCAGUAUGGAUGCCGCUGGAAUCGGCUGCUCUUGCUUUGUACAUAGUGAUAACGAUAAUGAUGAUUAUUAGUUUGAUAUGAUGGGAAAGUCUUGUUGAACGGACAAUAAUUGAUUCCGCUUCUACAGUGAUGUCAACGGCAAGGAUGGAGAGAGGAUACCUGUCGAGGAAAAAGCCCUUAUUGUUCCGGAACAAAAGGAAUUUUUAUUUUCUGAGUUUGACUGAUGUGUCGCUGUCAAAGUGCAUACGGUACACGACACGCAUUGAAGUGUCGUACAAUAUAAGGCAGGUGUCGCCGUAAAACUGUUCCCGUUAUAUCGACAACAUUCAGGUGGAAAUUAGAUGAUGGCCGUCAGUUGCUAAAUUGAAUCUUGCGUGCUUAACGACCCUGCGGUCUACCUAUUGUGUCACGCGCGCAGACCCUGCCUGUUCUUGUAAUCGUGUUGUUUCUCUAGAUGUUGAAUAAGGGUAGGAACGCUAAUUUUGGAUCUCUUUUCCCUUAUUGACGACAAAAAUAAAAAUAAAUCUCUAUUCUUGUUAAGUCAAAGAAUUGUUUCAUCUAUAAACGAGGGACGUUGAAUGGGGGAGGCGUACCUUCGUUUCGCUAUAAUGAUGUUAAUAGUUAUUUGGCUUUUUUUAAUAGGAGGCGAUAGUGAUUAUUGCGGUACUACCCGCCAAAAUCAUUGAAGCUGGUAAAGGCGACCAGGUUUGUGCGGGUGCAAUAUCUGCGUGCGCGUGCGAUCCUGGUCGACGAUUUCUUGUCCUCUAAUCCCACCUAAUACGUUACUCUUAGGUAUCUGUCAACGUAUCUAUUGCAUUAGCUAUUAAUAACUCCUUCCACUGGCUCUUUUUCGCCUGUUUGUAUGCUUUCUUGCCUUAAGCACUAAAUUGCGUUUCUUAGUUUGAGAAACAUACACACAAUACAGAACAGCGCGAUAAGGCGGGGAAAGAAUACGAUACGACUAUUAAGUAAACGGAUACAGACAUAUAAAUGCAAUAAAGCAAUUUUACUAUGCGAAAAUAAAAAAUGAAAAAGAUCGUCCAUUA